UCCAAUUCGAUACACCUUUUUCCCCUUUUUAUCUCAAAAAUACAUUUGCGCCUCCCAACAACAACAACCCAUGGGGGAAACCAAACAGCCGCACUUAAACGGGGCCUACUACGGCCCCUCCAUUCCGCCGCCGACGAAGAGCUACCACCGCCCCGGCCGCGGCGGAGGCGGAUGCUGCUGUAACCCCUUCACCUGCUGCUGCGGCUGCCUCAUGAACUGCAUCUGCACCUGCAUCUGCCAGAUCGUCUUCACCAUCCUCAUCAUCGUCGGAAUCAUCGCCCUCGUUUUGUGGCUCGUUUUCCGCCCCAACGCCGUCAAAUUCCACGUCACCGACGCCUCGCUUACCGAAUUCAACAUCAACAACAACAACACGCUCCACUACAAUCUCGCGCUGAAUCUCACGAUCCGCAACCCGAACAAGCGCAUCGGCAUCUACUACGACCGGAUCGAGGCCAGGGCUUUCUACCAGGGCCAGCGAUUUCACACCGUCGACCUCCAGAACUUCUAUCAGGGGAAGAAAAACACCACCAAUUUGAGCGCCGAAUUCAAAGGAUCGCAAUUGGUGCUGCUCGGAGCUAACGAGAUGUCGAAAUACAACGAAGAUCGGACUGCCGGCAGGUACGACAUCGACAUCAAGCUGUAUUUGCGCAUCAGAAUGAAGUUUGCAUUUGUGAAAUCCACCAGAGUGAAGCCGAAGAUCGAUUGCGAUCUGAAAAUUCCGUUGAGUUCCAACACCACGGCUUCGGAGGCUUACGAGCCGACGAGGUGCGAUUUCGAUUGGCGUUGAGCUUCUUAUCGCCUCUUCAAUUGAUGAUCGGCGCGUUCAUCGUUUCUGCUGCUUCGGUUCUCUCUCUCUUUUUUUUUUUUUUUUUUUAAUAUUCUAUGAUUACUUUUUCGUAUUGGUGUUUAUUGCUAUCUAGGUGCUAGUAUUAUUCUUUUGUUUUUUUGAUACACAUUAUUCUCAUUUUAAUUUUUAGAUGAAUUCGGUGGUAUCUUCUCUUUGCUGCUAUGUGAAUAAAUAAUGAGUUUAUUAGUAUUA